AUGUCGAGCCAAACACAAACUCUCACGGAUCCUAGCAGCGACCAAAACUCCCCAAUGGACAUGAACUACAGCUCGUCUUACGUUGUCUACAUCUUCCUAGGGCAGAAACCCCCAGGCCAGUAUGAUAAUUGGGUCAGAAUGACGAGAGCAGACUUGGAAAAUGUCAACACGUUCAAACAAGCCUUGACCCGCGCAAUCAAAACUUGCUUGGACGCAGGGAUGACACACUACUACCCGUACUUUGGGGACGUCAUAAUGUAA